AUGAGCAUGAUACUGAAUGGAUUUACUGUAGUCACAGAUGAUCUCCUUUCUAAUAUGGAAAACUUGCCAGCGUUUAAUUCAGAUACCUUUUUGGAGGGGUACCAGUUUGAGGAGGAGAACCCCCUGCGUGACCACCCCCAGCCUUAUGAGGAGGGGCUCCGGCGACUUCAGGAGGGGGACCUGCCAAAUGCUGUGCUGCUCUUUGAGGCAGCUGUGCAGCAGGAUCCUAAGCACAUGGAAGCUUGGCAGUAUCUGGGUACCACCCAAGCAGAGAAUGAACAAGAACUAUUAGCCAUCAGUGCACUGCGGAAGUGUCUGGAGCUAAAGCCUGAUAACCGGACGGCACUGAUGGCGCUGGCUGUGAGCUUCACCAAUGAGUCCCUGCAGCGACAGGCCUGUGAAACCCUGCGAGACUGGCUGCGCUACACACCGGCCUAUGCCCAUCUGGUCACGCGCGGUGAAGAAGGGGCUGGGGGGCCAGGACAGGGCCCCAGCAAGCGCAUCCUGGGGUCUCUGUUGUCUGACUCCCUAUUUCUUGAAGUGAAAGAGCUCUUCCUGGCUGCUGUACGCCUGGACCCCACAUCCAUUGACCCGGAUGUGCAGUGUGGCUUGGGAGUCCUUUUCAACCUGAGCGGGGAGUAUGACAAGGCGGUGGACUGUUUCACAGCUGCCCUCAGCGUUCGUCCCAAUGACUAUUUGCUGUGGAAUAAGCUAGGGGCCACCCUGGCCAACGGAAACCAGAGUGAAGAAGCAGUAGCUGCGUACCGUCGGGCCCUCGAGCUACAGCCUGGCUAUAUACGGUCCCGCUAUAACUUGGGCAUCAGCUGCAUCAAUCUUGGAGCUCACCGGGAGGCUGUGGAGCACUUUUUGGAGGCCCUGAACAUGCAGAGGAAAAGCCGAGGCCCUCGGGGUGAAGGGGGCGCCAUGUCGGAGAAUAUCUGGAGCACCCUGCGUUUGGCAUUGUCCAUGUUAGGCCAGAGUGAUGCCUAUGGGGCAGCCGAUGCCCGGGAUCUGCCCACCCUCCUAGCUAUGUUUGGCCUGCCCCAGUGACAGUGGGAUGGGCUGCCCUGUGAGUGUCUGCUUGGAGGGGUCCCUGCUCUGGAUGUGACUCCCUCUCCCCAAAUGGGCCUACUAAGGGGGUGGGCUGAUGACCACAAGCAGCGUGGCCUCUCAGGAGCUGCCUCAACAUAGGGGUGGGUGGUCUGUGUUCUUCCUACAUCACUGUAGGAAAAUGAGCUGUGUUGUCUCUGAGUCCCUUGGUAAUUCAAGGGUUGGACAGCCAGCUACAGAUCUCUCUGCUCAUCAUGCCCUUUCUUGGUGCUGCUUUUUGGGUAGGACCCAAAGAUAUAGGGUAACUGUUGUCAUCAGCUGCCAUUUCUGAUAGGGUCUACCACAUUUGUAAUGUCUGUCCUUCUCCCACUUACUGGGAACUGAUGAUAGUACAGCUUUCUUGGGCAUUGUGUGUGGCAGGUUCUUCUAACGUGCACCUCUGUGAUGACUGUGUCUGGGAUGGGAUGUUAGGAGUUGGCCUGUUGGGUUGAAAUGUUGCUUUGGCUCAGCAGAGCUGAGUUUUGAUAGGGGUCCUCAUAGUUCUCUUGCUCCUGGACCCAUCCUGGCUGUAGCUCAGAGUCUUUGGGUACAAUGCUGCAUGCGCUAUUGCUGGCAUCAUUAUUGAGGGGUCCUUAGGAGUUGCUGGGGUGGUUGUACAGAGUGCUUGUGUGGGGGGUAGGAGGAUGGCAUAUUUGUGGAAUGAACCUAGAAGGGACCAGAUAGGGUCAGAUUAAGGGCUCUGUUUUGGGGCCUUUGGUGGGAGGACAGAGCAGGUGGGCUGGGGGUGUGGUGAGUGCAGCCAGCCGUCCUCUUAGAAAGGCCUGCGAGUAGGAAUUGAGUUAACUCUUCUAGAAAGUUGGUUCAGAAAUGACAGUCUUGCCAAAUUCCUAGCAAAGAGGCAGUUCAGUAUUACCAUAAGCCUUUUGUUGUACUUCUUGAAAUGUUUCUAGGGGAAAGCAUUGAAAAAUCCCCUUCCCCCAUAUUACCUCCACAAAGUGAAGAUUGAGGGAGCAGCUUGGAUUCUUCUCAACUGUCCCGUGCAUGGGGAGAUACACCAACCCCCAGAAAUGACUGCUAAGCCUCUUGCCUUGUCUUCAGUAGCUAAUGAUCAGAGAGAUUUUUUUUAAACUACCAUGGUCCCAAGGUUCCAUCCUGAAAUUUAUUUUUCUUUGUAUGAAUAUGUGUAAAUGAUUUAAAAAUAAAACUGUAUGAAUAAAAUUUGUAUGAAGAAUCAAUGGAACUGACAUGGGUGUGA